AUGAGGCCGCAACAGAACGGCGACGAUGGUUUUGAUGAGCCCGAAGUCCACCGCAAAAUCUUUAUCGGAGGGCUAAAUUAUCGUACAUCAGAUGAGUCUUUAAAAGCUCAUUUUGAAAAAUGGGGAGAAAUUGUGGACGUUGUUGUAAUGAAGGACCCUAAAACUAAAAGGUCUCGAGGGUUUGGAUUUAUCACGUAUUCUAAGGCGCACAUGGUAGAUGACGCUCAAAAUAAUAGGCCGCAUCGUAUCGAUGGCCGAAUUGUGGAAACGAAACGGGCUGUAGCUAGACAAGAUAUUAAAAAUCCUGAGGCGGGGGCUACUGUGAAGAAAUUAUUUAUCGGUGGCAUUAAAGAUGACCAUGAUGAGGAUCAAUUAAGAGAGUACUUUUCUAACUAUGGAAAUGUACAGAAUGUUAGCAUAGUAACUGACAAGGGAACAGGAAAGAAGCGUGGUUUUGGUUUCGUAGAAUUCGAUGACUAUGACCCAGUUGAUAAAAUUUGCUUAAAUGCACCUCAUAAAAUUAAUGGUAAACAGUUGGAUGUUAAGAAAGCAUUACCCAAAGAUGGCUCUGAACAAAGAGGAGGUAGACAAGGUCCAGGAAGAAAUGAUAACUGGGGCAAUGGAGGAGGAUAUGGCAGCAACCAGGGUGGUGGGUGGAACAACUCAAAUCCAUGGGAUAACAAUCAAGGAGGUGGAUGGGGAGGUAAUCAAGGAGGAGGAUAUGGGGGUGGCAACCAAAGGGGAGGAGGUGGAGGCUGGGGUGGUGGUAACCAAGACUUUGUGGCGGCGGCGGCGGUGGUGGCUAUGGCGGUGGCAGUUACGGCGGUGGCAACCAAGGACGAGGUGGAAGAUUCUAAACGUUUCGUGCUAAGUACACUAGUAGUGCAGAAUAUGUCUAGUGUAGGCAGCUUCGGAGCACUAGUUACUCGACCUUGGUCUACAUGCGAGACCCCA